ACCCUCAAUUGAAGACAUAAAUUUGAGAGACAUGGCGAUGAACGAAGUGAAAGUUAAGUGAAAGAUGCACUCUGACUGUUCGAGCGCUUUUACGUACACCUGCGUAUACCAAGCUACACAAAUUUCUUCUCAUCCUGCAUCCAUCAUCCGUUUCGCACCCUGAAUGAAGUUCUCCACUUCCAAAAGCUCGAAUUUUGCGCCAGUGAGCCCUGAACAUACCGUUCUCUCCAGUAGUACAUCUAGGCAGCUUCUCGACAAUUUCAAACGUCUCCGGUUCAUCUCAAGAAUCAAAAUCUGUGUGAUAUUGUCUUUUUGGGGGAAAUGCAGGAAUCUUCUCUUCCUCAAUCUCAGAAUAGCAUGGGCUUUGCAGCGUUGCCUUACGAACUUCGAUUGCAGGUAACGACGCUCGCUAAUGUCGUGGAUGCUGUCAAUCUACUGUGUACCUCGCGGUUCCUGUAUACUCAAAUGGCCGACGAGUCUAUGUGGAAGGUCUUUUGCUCCCGAUACGGUGCUACCGACUUGUCAGUCUUUCGACCGAAUAUCACAUUCUACCAGCUCUAUGCUGGACUCCUUCACACCUACGGGCCUCUCAUUGGACUAUGGGCGAACGAUCAUCCAUUCAAGGGGAAUAUCAUGGAAUUUCGCUACUUCCGCCAUGGUAUUAUCGGUGAAGUUUGGCGCUUCCCCACUAUUCCCCUCGACAAUCUCAUGACGAACGAAAAGAAAUACGCUCCUGAGCUACCAUCGUAUCACAAGUUUCUGAAUAUAGAGCUUGUCACUGGCGUUCGAUAUAAUGUGAAACAGUUUCAGGACACUCGUAUUAUCGCUCUUCCGCAAAUACGUCCAGCUCGACUAUCCUGGCAUGUCGAUCAGGGAUACGCCGAUUAUGUUGAAGAUCAUCAGCCUACUUUCCAUCGUCUAUCCGCCACUCGACAAUCUAUCUGGCUGCAUCGUGCCUUAACGAAGCCGACCUUACACCCAGAAUUUCCCGGAAGUGGUAAUGAUGCAUGGUACGACAGCGAACGUGAUCUCCCUCAUCUUCUAGAGGAGCCUUCGCUUGCCUUUGAUAAUACAUCAAUUCUUGUCCCGUUGAACAUUCCUAGGGAUUAUCUCAUGGGCGCCCCAGGCACGAUUGUUAAACCACCUGCCCUCUCAAUCUAUCCCUUUCCAACUUCGGGAGAGAUCUCCAAUUUACACACCCCACACUUCUAUGGCAUAGAUGAUUUUCGUGACGUUACCUACUGGGAUCCAGAUAUCGAACAGCACAAUCACGAUCGUCAGCGGGUCUAUCCCAGAUACUAUCCCCUGCGCAUCCACAAACAUCAUCUUGCGAUCUCUAUGGACGAUCCACAGUGGCACCCCAAGUGCUUGGAAGGCUUGUGGUUGUGUGCAAGUGGUACAUACGGCACAGAGGUCAUUUACCUUGAGUACAACGAGCUACGAGAGGAGAUCUCCGCAUGCAAAAUUACUGGCAAUAUCCAGGUUCCUAGAGGAGCGACGGCUUGGAAGUUUGAUAUCAAUUCGGAGGCACUACUGGACAUAUCUGAUAUUGAAGUAUUUGGCAAAUUUCUGCGCUUCUCAAAGGUGUAUUGCGGCGAAGCGGUAGUCAGCGACCGAGGUUUCCGGCCACAUACAACAUCGUUUAAGAGGUUGGUGGUUGUCAUAGACUCCUAUGACGAAAUUCGACUCCGAAUCGGCGCUACCAUUCACAUAUCGCGAUGCAUUCGAUAUCGAGGUCGUGAUUAGGUCUUGCAUAAGGUGUUUCCCGCCAAAGCAUUUCCACAGAAGUCUGAUUGUAUGGAUGAGCCGUAUGCAAUUAUUUCACUCUUUCCUUUGAAGGAUCGAGCGCACGCUCGUAGUUUUCGCACCACCCCAUCCUUGAACCACUACCCUUUUCGUCUCCGGACGUACCAGGAAUCAACGCUGACGUUAACAAGAAUAGGACCGUCCCACGCCCAGAUGGAAGCGAAACUAAUUUACCACCGCCUCCCAUCAUCGAGAGCGCUGAUUUCAACCGAGAUCCUGUCAUAUUCGCAAUAGUCGUCUUACUAUUGAAUGACUGGGUGAUUGUAUGGAUAAGCACUGGCACAUAAAGAAGGCACCGCAGAGGCAGUUGAAAUAUAGGUGUAGUGGCUGACUGGAAAUUAAUUAAAUCAAUUAUUGCGCA